AUGUCUAUAAAAACAAGACACAGCUCAAUAGACGCUUUAAGGGAACGAUAUCAAAAAGCAAGACAAUGGGCUGUGGAUAACGGCACUUUAUCCACAUCCCCUACAGUGACUACUGUUUAUGAAGAAGAAGAACAUGAAAAGAGUGAAGAGGAUGAAAGAGAAGAAGAGAAAGAAGAAGAAGAAGACGAUAAUAAUUCAAUCUAUUCUUCUUCAUCCAGCAUUCCUGAUGAAGAUAUUAACUUUGACUUGGUCUAUGCCCUUCAUACAUUUGUAGCAACAGUAGAUGGACAAGCAUCAGUCAUCAAAGGGGAUGCAAUGACUUUAUUGGAUGAUACAAACUCAUAUUGGUGGCUAGUUAGAGCCUUAAAGACAUCUGAAGUUGGAUACAUUCCAGCUGAAAAUAUUGAAACACCAUUUGAAAGGUUGGCUAGACUAAACAAACACCGUAAUGUUGAAGUGACUUCAAUUGCCCGUUUACCAGAUCAUGUGUCAAAUAACAGUAAUAAACAGCCAAAAAAGAAGAAAGUUAAAUUAUCAAAAGAGCUUGCAUGUCAGCUGCAAAUUAUUCUAACAGAUGAAGAUAAUGAUAGCUCAUAUGAACAAGUAUUUGAACACUGGGAGGAAGUAAUGUCAAUUAAUUCAGCAUUAAGUACUGAUAACACGGAUGUGGAUGAUAUUACUCAAAGUAGUAUCAGUAGUAGUAAUAGUGAUAACGAUGACGAUGAUGAUGAUGAUGACGAUGAAGACGAACAAACCAUCAAGACAGCAUCUACAUUAGUACUUAAUCCCGAGCUAAAUAGAUCCAUUCAUUUAAUUCAAGAAGAAGAAGACAGUCGUGCAACAAGAGAAAGUAACAAAAGUAAUAAGCCAUUACCACUCCUUCAGUUUGAUGAUCCAAAGAAAGAUGUACAACGACAACAACAACAACAACAACAACAAAAAUCCGUGACAGGAUUGAAAAGACUAUUCUCCAUUGGAAAUAGCAAUAGUAAAAAGGAUAAAAUAGAGGAACAAUUUGUUGAAAAUAGACAAUAUCAUGUAUUACGUAUAUUUGCUGGAAACAUUAAUGUUGGUGCCAUGUUUGCAACUGUGGCUGUUACGCCUGAUAUGAAUGCAGAUCAGUUGUUAAAAUUAGCCUUACAAAAGUUUCAUAUACCCUUAUUAACAGACAAAUCAAAUAUCAUCGAAUAUUAUCUGACUGUAAAAUCAAUGGAUAGUGAUGAGCUUACUCUAUUGCCUCAAGAUAAACCAUUAGCCAUUUUCGAGUCUCUUAGUGAUCACCUUACUACGCCCAUGCCGUCCUUAACAUCUAUCAAAAAGUUGUCUAUUGAACAGCCCACCAUCAAAGUAACUCGUGUUGGUGUAUCUAAAGCAAGGCAACGUGCAAAAGCUCAUUUUGGAGAAGAUUCUGUCAUACGGUUUUCGUUGCACAAGAGGAUCAAGCGCUCUAUUGAUGGACAGGUUUAUGUAAAAAUAUCAUAUUAUGUAGACAAUGACAAUAUAAAAAGAGGAUCCGUGUUAAGGAAAAGUAGCUUACUACGAAAAGAUGUUCACCCAAAAAAGUUCUUAAAGAAGGAAAGAAUCGACAAGCUGGUAGCCACUUCAAGUUUAACUAGGAUAUCUGAUUUGAUUAUUACUGCUCUAGAAAAAUUUCACUUGAAAGAUCAAGACUACAGCAUGUAUUAUAUGGCCGUAUUGAUAAAUGGCCGCAGCGAGAAAAUAUUGCCUAUGGACAGAUCAUUAGUUGAUAUACUUAAUGAUUCUGAACUCAUUCCAAAAGGAACAACAGAAAAAUCAUUCAUUUUACAUAAAAAGGAACCGACGCAAUCUGCUGGUGUAAGUGACCUUUCAUAUGAUAGUAAUCGACGUUCUGUGGUUCGCAAACUACUAAAACAACAAGAUAAUAACCAUAAAUAUGGUCUGUCAAGUACUGAAACUGUCAUAAAGAGGUUGGAUGAAGCCAUCCAGUCACUCGAACAUGAUAAAAAGCAAAUAUCUCCAAAAGUGGCACCAACUAGAUCAAAUAGUUUAUCAGCCUAUUAUGAUAAAAAAUACUCAAAUGAUUUCAAAAGAAGCUUACCUACACGGUCUUCUUCGCUAAAAUUAAGUGGUGAUGCGUUUGAUAGUUUACAAGAUAGCGAUCUUUCCAACAUGGAUGAUCUGGAACUAGAAAUACAACGUAUAGCUACAUCAUCAUAA